AUGUACCUCAUUCCAAAGUCCAAUACUACCGCAACGCAUCGGCAAUCUUCACCACAAAAUGGUAUGAGGUGGUUAGUCUCGGCACGUAUAACCAUUCCGGGGAAUUCAAAAAGAUGUUUGAGGACGGUGCAAAGUGCACAAUCACGUACACGUCCAUACCAUCCUGUACCGCCUCUUCAUACCAAAGCCAAUAUGUCUCCUUCCAUGGCGACAAAUGGAAAGUCUUCGGAAUUAUUCACAAAUAACUUUGACGAAUUAGACAACGCCUUUUUCGACGAAUUUAUUACCUUUAGUCCAUCCAAUGAGGGUCUACCUGAACCAAAGUUUUCGGAAGAAUCAGAUAGUAAAGAUAGCAAAGAUAGCAAAGAUCAAUCUUCAGAGACAUUGCUAGGAUCUUUACACGAUGAUGAUGCACAAGAGAUUGAAAAUAAUUGGCAAGGAGAUCCAUGGGUUUUCGCCCAAGAUUCAGCCUCACCAGACGGCACACAAGAUAAUCUUUUCUACGCAGAAAUUUCUGGUAGAGCCGCAAUAUCUGACUCUGAUCUUCUCAGCCUUGAAGAUAUCUCUUCACAAUCACCUCAAAUAGAAGCAUGGUCUCGUGCGUCUCUUCCAACAUCACCAGCACCACCAGCUUCAACAAGAAGAAAAAGUCGAGUUGAAGCACUUGCCAACACAUUGAAAAAGGUGAGCUCAAAAUCGGAAAAAGCUCUACGAAGCCCUAUUCGAAAAUCAAGUACAGUACCUUCAAAUAUGGUACGAGGUUCGACGAGUCAUGGAAAAAUGAGCCGCGAAACAUUGAGAAGAAAAUUGUCUUUGGAUUCUUCGAAAUUCAACUUUAAUCCUCAACAUCAAUCACCAAUGUCACCUCCACAAUCAGCUAGAAUAUCCAAUUUUUCAGAACAUACUUCAUCAUCAAUGAAGAAAGUACAAAAGACCGAGAUUUCUCAAGAUUUAUGGACUGGAAUGCCACAAGACUUACAAUUUCCAUCUGUACCAACCGAUUACAAUACACCAUUAUCAACACCCAACCUAGACAAUAAACAUACACCAGAAAUGAGAUUUCAUCCAUCAUCAUCAAAUGGAUCAAUGUACCCAAUGACACCAAAAUCUCAACAUGUGUCAGCCUCAUGGUCACAACCAGGAUCAUCAAAUUUCAGCUCAAUUGGAGCCUCAUCAAAUUACCCAGUUGAGGUAGAAGCUGACGGAAAUUCCUUAUGGUGGAAUCACGCUGCAACAACACCAAUGGCACAACCUUCACCGAAUACCCUUCACCGAAACUCACAAAGAGCAACCAAAAGCCUUGCUUUUCAUUUACAAAAUGAACUUUCAUAUAACAAUAGUGAAAUGAAUAUGGCACAAGGGUUAAUGAUAUCGAUGCCUGAGACUCCUAGUGGGUCAAGUAAGACGAAAGCUAGAAGGGAGAAAGAAGCUAUGGAGAAGAGAAGAAAAUUAUCGCAGGCGGCGUUGAAAGCUAUUAGAGCUGCUGGGGGAGAUGUUGGGAGUUUGGUUGAAGAGGCAAUAAAGACAGAGGGUCAAGGAGAUAGCCUUAAAGAAAGAUUAAAGAAUCAUAAAGAUAAUUGA